UCCGCGGGGACUUGGCCGUAGCAGGAUCCUGGGAGAGGGGAAGGGGCACGGCGGGGACCCCGGCGCCGCAGAGCCCCUGUCCGCGGGGAGCCUGCAGCGGGACCCCCAGGUUUAUAAUGGAACUUACAUCUUUGCCUAAAUUCCUUUGGACAAGUGACAACAAGCUUCUGCAUCACCAUUUUCCGGACAUAUUGGCUACUGUUCAUACCACACAAGACAUUCCUGAAGAAGUUGUUUUUGGACCAUGCAUGCUCCAGAACACCUUGCUGGACACUGUAGCUUUUAUUGCUCUCAAGUGUUCUGAAAGACGGAACAUCCACUAUGUAUUUAAGGUAGAUGUUACGUCUGUGCACAGUCCCACAGGACUGCCUUGGAUGAGACUUGUACAAGCAGCUGCCAAUAGCAGCGAGCAGAACUUGGAAGCUUACUUAGAAAACAGCCAGUUAUAUUAUCGCUCCAUCAGGAAAAUCAAUAAAAAUGAGGAGUUGCUUGUCUGGUAUGAUGAGGAGCUUUCCAGCCUCUUGGGUUUCGAUGAGAUAAAACCUCAGAGUCCCCAGAAUGAGUUGAGAUGCCAAGAAUGUGACCGAGUCUUUAAAUGUGAGCAUUCCUACCUGUCCCAUGUCCGUUUCCUCUGUGUCCCAGAGAAGAGUGCCCUGCUAUGGAGAAACUUCCAGAACCCUAAGACUGAAAAGAGCAACUUAGCUGAGCAGACCACAAAUUUCCACAGUCUGGCAAGGGAUCUAGAAGUCAAAAUGGCAGCUUGUAAAGAUGAUGCACCUGGUCUUGUUGGAGAAAGGAGAGCAAAAUCUGAAGAGGCUGAGAACAACAGGAGCAGGAAAACAGUGUUGUUGGAGAAAACCAAUAAUUUGACUGAGGACCGUAACUGUGGGGGCAAGGAAGAGGUUGGGGGAGAGCAUGCAUUGGCUGGUUCUUUCUGGAAGCUUAGUUCAGGGAGGCAGUCAGCUAGGAAGGAUGUUUUAGAGCAGAAGCAGAGUGCUUUCACUGAGGUCAGGAGGAUGAAGGAGAAGAUGAGGAAUGAGAGACUGAAGGAGCCAGAGCAGGAGGAUGGCACAGUCCCGGUUGGUAAAGAGCAGGUAUCAAAGGAAGUGUUGCUGAACUCCUCUGGUAGUGCAUUCUCCUUUGUUUGGCCCACCAGAGCUCGAGGAGAACAGAAGAGUGCUUUCAGCAAACCCAGUAAGCGUCUAACAGAAAGAGCCGCAAUAAAUUCUUCUCAUCCCAUGAGUGAGUCAGCAAAGAGCCUGGGGGAGCUGUCUGGCUUCAUUGCCACCACAGACAUCAUGUGCUGCAGCACUCUUCUUAAUUCCAAGUUUUUUGUCAGUGAUUUGUGUAAUGCUCAGAUGCUGCAGACAAGCAUCACUCAGAGCAAUGUUUUCCCAUAUACCUCAGAACCGUGGCCCAAACAAGCAGGAGGACAGUUACAAAACACAACCACCACUACUUCUUCCUCCUCUUCCUCCUCUUCCUUGACUCUUCUUCCCCCCACCUUCACAUCCUUUGGAGUGGCUGCCCAGAACUGGUGUGCCAAAUGCAACCUGUCCUUUCGCAUGACAUCUGAUUUAGUCUUCCACAUGCGGUCACAUCACAAAAAAGAAUACUCCUCAACUGAAUCCCAGUGCAAGAGGAGACGAGAGGAGAAGCUAACAUGUCCCAUUUGUCAUGAGUACUUCCGAGAACGCCAUCAUUUAUCCCGGCACAUGACUUCUCAUAAUUAGAGCUGUGCAGACAGAUAUCACCAAGAGACUGGGCAGGUUGGAUAAAGAAGGGAAUGGUAGUUCACUUAUAUACAUUUCUUUUUGAGUUUACAUUAAUUUCUUACAGGAAAUCACUGUUUACAAUAAUUUAUAAUAGAUGCUUUGCAAAAAAAUUAUAAAGUGUUUACAAGAAUCUGAGUGGCUUGUAAGUUUUGAAAGCUCAACCUAGCCCUUGUCAACCUAUUUUUAAGGAAAUAAAAUAGUGAAAUGAAUGCACAUGCAGUGUUAAUUUGCAGAGUAGGGAACAAAAUUAUAGUUUUGCAAACAGAGUUUUUUUGCUUAUAUUUGAUUUGCUGGUGUCCGUGCAGUACAAUGUAAACACAGAAGUAACAACCACCUCAUUGAAUGAGGAACUUUUGAGCACUAAAAAAAUCAGAACUUAUAUGCUAAGAGAAAAGAAAUUGCUAUUUCUAGAAGUGUUGGUAGACUCUUACUCCUUUACCAGAUUUGUGAGCUAAAAACUUGUAUCUCACCAUCUCCUUGGCUUUGUAAGGAACCUGAAGUUAAAACUGUCUGAAAUCUGUGAUGGUCAACAACUGACCAGCAGACUGCCAAAGAGGAUGUAACUUGUAAAGCAGCAUAUCUGAGUUCUGUUCUCGGCUCUACUGCUUUUGAAAUAUCUUUUACAAAGUCAGAUCAGCCUGGAUCUGUAUCAAAAUGUGACCUGUUGUCAACAUUAGUGUGUAGACAGGAAGCAAAAAUUCUGAGCAGUGUGCUUGCAAGGUCUGUGUGACUUUAGCAGGCAUACAGAUCUGAUGGGCAUAGAGUUUAGCCUGUGGUUUUCAGGUUUUAGAUAUACCAAAGGAAGCAAGUAGGGAAUUUGAGUUACAAUUAGCUACUGAUAGAUAGAAUCUGCACACUAAUUGUGGACGAUAGGCUCUGUUUUGCUAACAGGUAGAAUAUGAAUGGCCUUCACAAAAUGACACAGACAUACGUGAAUUUUAUUGCAUUAGACCAGCUUGUCUAUCCUCUGAUUUCUACAUGGGCCAAUUCCAGCUUUUUUAGAAAGAAAGUUCCAAAUUUUUCUAUUGCCUCUCCAUGAGAUUUGAGCUUUGCUGAGUCUCAGAAGCAGAUGAGAUUAUACUGCUCUGGGUGGGAAGAAGCAUUGUCUAUUGUUACUGCAGCCCAGCUAAUUAGCCUUUCAUUACUUUAUCCAUUUAGGAUAUCCAUUUAAAUCCAUUUAGGGGCUUGCUCUUCAUAGCUUAUGACAAUGUGUUCCUGAAGCAAUCAUUUCUCUCUUGUGUAGCAUUUUUUCAGGUUGUCUGGUGUUUUUGUGGCCUGUAUCUGAGCCUCAUCUGGUUCAUCAAGGGCUUAUUACUCCCUUCCAGACAGAGAAUGAUCAGAAAUCACUCAUUUUUCAUCUAAGACUAAAGGACAUUGCAAUAUUCUCUUUAUGUUCCACCAUACUGAUGAUAUACUCCAGUAUUUGUCUACAGCACACUGGACAGAUUUUGAGUUCCUGCAACAAUGCCUAGUCUGAUAGUGCAAGUAUCAGCACAUAAACACAUCUGUGCAAUAAAAGAGAGCCUGAGAGUCUUAGGCUUUCAGAUGGAACCAACAUAUUACACUCAUUGUCAUCUCUUGGGAGCUUUCUAGAAGUCAUGAGAUUGUAUUCUUCCCAAUGCCUUGCUGUUGAACAUUAAUACAUGGCUGUUUCCUGUUAAUGUAAACAUUUGACUUAUUGCAGGACAACAUUUUUGCAACAUAAAGAGAUAAAACUGUUGCAUUA